GCCAUCAUGAUGGCCGCAGCUACCCCGACGGUCACGUCAUGACUGAGGAUUGCAACCAGUGGUGGGACACCUAUGUAUAAUUUAUGCCAUCAUGACAGCCGCAGCUACACUGACCGUCAGAGGAGUGCAACUAGUGUUGAGACAUUUGUAUAUAACCUCUCCCACCACGGCCCAUCUAGCUACCCCAACGGUCACGUCAUGACCGAGGAGUGCAACCAGUGUGUGUGCAAGAGCGGCAACUGGUCGUGCACGGAGCGCGCGUGCGCGGGCGUGUGCGGCGCGUGGGGCGACUCGCACGUGGACACGUUCGACGGCGCCUCGUACGACUUCGAGGGCGUGUGCACGUACCUGCUAGCCAAGGGGGUCAUGGACUCCAGCGACGGGUUCGACAUAGAAAUACAGAACGUACCUUGCGGCACCACUGGUGCGACGUGUUCAAAGACGACUACUCUGAAAGUAGGAGGAGGUGGGAACCAGGAAGUAGUGUCUCUCACUAAAGAUGCGCCACUGCCGGAUGUCUCGAAGUUGAAGAGGUAAAUAAUAUAUUUGACAUCCCUCAUAUUCGAUAAGUAGG